AACUGUAGCUGGCCUGCAGACGAGAGUUGGGUUUAUAACGCGGUGCGAGGAGGCGGCGCUUGGUCAGUGUUGCACGGAUUGUCGGCGAGGAGGUCGGAAAGUACAGUUGCAAUCUUAACCAUGGCGAUGACACUCGGUUACUGGGACAUCCGCGGGCUGGCGCAGCCAAUCCGCUUGCUUUUGGAAUAUACCGGGACGGCUUACGAGGAGAAGUUGUACUCGUGUGGAGACGCUCCAUCUUAUGACCGAAGCUGCUGGACUGAUGUGAAGACGAAACUUGGACUGGAUUUUCCCAACCUGCCUUACUUGAUCGACGGGGAUACUAAAAUUUGCCAGAGUAACGCUAUCAUGCGUUACGUGGCCAGGAAAAACAAGCUGGUUGGCGAGACUGAGCCUGAGAAGACACGUAUGGAUGUGGUGGAGAACCAGGCCAUGGAUUUCCGCAUGGGCUUUGCACGAAUGUGCUACAACCCCGACUUUGAAAAAAUGAAGCCCAAUUAUCUGAAGGAUUUACCGGGUAUUUUGAAGCAGUUCUCCGUGUUUCUGGGGAAAAGGUCAUGGUUUGCAGGUGACAAGAUCACUUUUGUAGAUUUUCUCUUGUACGAACUCCUUGACGAACAUGUUGUGUUUGAGCCCAAGUGCUUGAACGAAUUUAAGAACUUAAAGGAUUUUCUCACCCGUUUUGAGGCCUUGGAAAAGAUUGCAGCCUACAUGAAAUCUGACCGUUACAUGAAGGGUCCAUUCAACAACCGGAUGGCCAGUUGGGGAAACAAAUGAGGGAAUUUGGAAAAAACCAUCACCGAAUUUGGUCCUCCUGCCCGAUCCUGAAAAUAUACAAGAGAUUUGCGGCUCUAAUAAAGAAUGAAAUUAGUUAAUAAG